AUGCCGUGCAUGAGUAAACAUAUUGAGUCUAAUGUGGUCCAGCGCUUUGCCAAGGACGAAACGCAAGAGUAUUGCACCUGUACCCAAUCUACCGUUCCAGUAAAUGAAACCACGGGCUGCUGUAUCUCCGAUAUACAUCAACGAAAGGUAUCACGAGUAACGGACAACAACAAGAGCCGCAUAUCCACAACAGCGUCCCAUUCGCCUACCAGUUUUGAACGUGCCUCCGGGUUACACAAGCAUAACUCAUCCGCAAAUAUGCGGAUUCGGUCACCCUCUGGUAAUCUGUUCGUGGUAAUCUCUCCUACCACACAUAACUACGUGCAACUCGAUGUUCGGUAA